AUUCCUCACCAGAUAAUCACACGUUUUAGCAAAUGAUAUAUAUUUCAUAGCCUCUGUGCCAUUUGGCAACAUCAGUUUCAUUAAUUAUACGCAUAAGGGAAGUAACUUGAGUUACUAAAGUACUAAGUAUCACAAUCUUUUAUGUAGAUGUCCUGUACAAACUAUGUGAUUAAAGGUUGUGGCGUCGAGUCCCACUGGAGCAGAUUUUCUAUUUUCAAAUGAAAAAUGUCUCUUUAGAUAUAUUACUCAAAGUUGUUAAACUAUAACUCAGACCUAGUAAAGCUGACUUAAAGCUGAAAUUCUCAGUUUCUUAUUAGCCGAUGAUGCAGUGACGAGGUGUCAUUUAUCCCACCAUAUCAGAAUAUUCAGACCACAGUAUAAAGAGAUUAAACAGCUUGCUCCAUUGUAACAUGAAAAGACAACAUUUCUUGAAAUAUGACUAGAAACAGCAAUUUUUCACUAAGAAGUCCAGAAUUAUAGUUUUAUCAAAUUAAUGGCUAAUUUUUUUCUAAAAGACUUGAAUGCAUUAAUUAGACUCAGCUCGUCAGAUCCAAAAUGAGUGAAUUUAAUGAAAUUAUUUUUUUAAUUUAAAGAUUAAAAAAGACAAAAACCUCGACAACCCUUUCAAGACUAUAAUACCCAGCAUUCCCUGCUUCUGCCCGCUGACCGGAAAAGGAAAGCAGACGGAUUAUUUACAAAAUCUCAACGGCACUACAGGAGCAUUUUUGUAUUGAGAAUAUUAUUAGUAAUAUUUGUUUAUGAUUGUUAGAGUAAUUCCUGUUCAUUCAGAUUGCAUUUGACUGGAAGGCUUGUUGAUUAAGUGACAGAUUAAAGGAAUAAAGUGAAAUGAAUUGCUGAGCGACAGAUGGAUGCUGCACCGCAACAGAUGGACUCCUCAUUUUAUCUGAUCUGCGGAUAACCAGAAAAAAAUAGGACACAAGAGGGAAAAAAACCCGGCAGAAAAUCAGGUCAGAUCAGGGAGAGACACGGCAUCAUGGUGGACAAUCGCUCCGCUACGGCGCUGGUGAUCGCGUGCGUGCUGAGCGCCCUGGCCACCGUUUACCUGUCUGUGGCGGUGGGCACGCGCCACUGGUACCAGUACACGAGCCCGCAGGUGCGUCACGAGCACAACGCAACCGAGCUGCGCGCGCUGCACCAGGAGCUCAGCGACGGAGAGUUCGACGAGAAGACCGCGAGCGACGCGAUGUUCCGCCUCAACGGCACCCUCGGCCUGUGGUGGAGGUGCGUGCGCGUGCCCGCCGACCGCAACCGCUGGUACCGCGAGCCAGAUCCUGAGAUGGACACAGAGUGUGUGAGCUUCACGCUGUCUCAGCAGUUCACACCCAAAUACACAGAGCCAGGCAACCAUAACAGCGGAGAAGACAUGAUACGCACCUAUCUGUGGAGGUGUCAGUUUCUCUUGCCCCUGCUCUCUCUGGGUUUGGUGUUAGUGGGAGGGCUGGUGGGAUUCUGUGCGUGUUUGUGUCGUAGUUUCAGUCCCACACUGGGCAUCGGACUCCUCCACCUUCUUGCAGGCUGUGUGUGUUGUUUUCUGGCGGGUAUGGACCUGCUACACCGUGUCUCCGUUAUCCCAGACCAGGUGGACGGCUCUCUCGGUUGGUCCCUCUAUCUCGCGCUCAUCUCCUCUCCGCUGUACAUGAUGGCUGCCGCUCUACUGGUGUGGGCCGCUCGCAGCCACAGCAAGAACUACUACCGCUUCACCGCCUACCGAGUGGCCUAGAGCAUGCAUUUGAAAUGGUUACAGCCAGGUCUGUGUCCCAAAUCACAUAAUACUGCACUAAACACACACAUACACAUCUUGCAUACUAAUAUACUAAAUAGUAUGUAAACAUACUAUUACACCAACAUACUAUUGUAGCAAAUGAUAUGUUAAAAUAGUAUGACACCAUACUACUAUACUAUAAUACUAUCAUACUACAUACUAUGGGGAAGAGAGUACACCGUCAUAUAACCAUAAACUAUUGUACUAUAUUGUAUGGAAAAAGACUAUACAGCCAUGCUAAAUAGUAUGGAACAAAGCCGCACCCCCAUACAACGGAACUAAUAAUAUGGCAUAUUAGUAUACCACAAUGCUACCAUACUAAGUAGUAUCAGAAAACAGCACUACAACAUACGACUGUACUGAAUAGUAUGAUAAAAUAGUACACUGCCAUACUAUUGUGCUAAAUAAUGUGGUAUAUAUGUACACCAAAGUACCGCCAUACUAAAUAGUAUGGGGGUAAAAGUACAGCAUCACACCGACACAAUAAAAAUAUAGUAUGCAAUCAUACUACCGUACUAAGUUAGUAUAGGAAAUAAAAUGCUACCGUACAACCGUACUAGAUACUAGUAUAUCAGAACUGUACAUUAUCAUACAAAAUAGAAUGGCACGAUAGUACAACACUAUACUGCUGCACUAAGUAGUAUGAUACAUUAGUACUCUACCAUACUACUGUCCUAAAUAAAAUGGUACAUUAGUAUUUGACCAUAUUGCUGUCCUAAAUAAUAUGGUACAUUAGUACUUGACCAUACUACUCUCCUAAAUAGUAUGGGAAGUGCCAGAAUAAAGUAUACUACCAUAUUACUGUACUACAUAGUUUGGUAUACUAGAACACCCCCAUACUAAAUAGUAUAUCAAAAUAGCACAAUACCAAUCUCUCAUACAAAAUAGUAUGCCAAGAUAAUACACCACCAUUCUACUGCACUAAAUAGUAUGGUUUAUUAGUACACCACUAUACUAUUGUACUAAAUAGUACAAAUGGGGGAAUGUACAUCAUAUUACCAUAUUAAUAAUAUAAUAAAUAAAAUUGUGUGUCAUCAGACUACUGUACUAAAUAGCAUGUCAAAAUAGUGCGCUGCUAUACUACAAUACUAAAUACUAUGGGAAACUAAACACAAGCACAAUGCACUGAUUAUGUACUCCAUCAUGGGUGUGUGUUAGAGCAGGAGGGAGUGUGAGUAAUGUAGUUCAUGUGCACCUGGGGUACUAUUCUGACAUACUAUUAACUGUAGUAGCAUGCAGAUUGGGAUGUAGCCUAAAUUUAGCUUAAAAUAGCUUCCUCCAUCUAGAAUGUCUAUCUGCUGUUCUGAGAUUUACACUCUGAUAAUCCGAAAUCAGCGGGUGGAGACGAGAUGGCUGUAAAGGCUAUAAAGGCUAGUUGAGUGUGUGACAGUAGAAAGUGCUGUGUGGACAUUCGCAGGGCACAGACCUGCCCGAGCUGUUAGAUUCUUCAUCGUCACCCUGAUAGUUAAAUGAAGAAGCUAAAUGCUGCAGUGAGGUGCCAACAUUUACAGUUCAAUCAUAGCAUUUGCAAUUUUUUGACCCGCUGCUGUGGCAAUACAGGAGACAGCAGUAAACCAGCAAUCAGACUAAACAUGAAUAAAAUUCACCUUAUUUACUGAAGGGAAAGCACACAGGAAGUUACUUUUGCUUUGGCAUGAUUUUAUCUAGACGAAAUUUAACCUGUGAAUUCAUGAAGCUCAGUCUUCUGAGUCGAUACAAACCAAGACUGUGGACUCUUUGGUCGUUAAAAAAAUUGGUGGUGCUGCUUAUUAUUAAUUUGCGUCACAAAAGACUUUUGUCUCCCUGUUUUCUUAUGAUUGCUUGGUGUACAUCUGAAAAAAAAAAAUUACCCGUCUCUUCCAUCAGCAUAUGCUAGGAUAAUUUUAGGGUAAAAUUAUGUUUUUUCUGUCUCUGCCUGCUAGGUUUUUAGUUUACAAUGUUGGCACUUCUGAUAUUCAUUCAAGCAAGGCACUUUAAUGUUUCACGCUUUACCUGCAUGGCUGUGUACUGAUGUGACACUCCGUUAACACAAAUCGGUGUGCAUGUGAUUGUGUGCGUGGAUAAACAUAAACUGUGAAGUGUUUAAUGGCACAAUGUAAUGAAGAAGCACCAAGAGUGAUUUUCACUGACGCAGAGUCAACACCUAAUCAGGAAUCUUUGUGUAAAAUCAGUUUGGUUCCAGUAGCACAAUCCUGCAGGACCAGAACCAAGCAAGUCAGGGGUCAUUUCGUCACCAUGACAUUUACAUGACCAGUGUGAAAAAAAUCAUUAACACAUCUCUGCUUGGAUCAGAAAUAACUAAUUUAACAAGUGACGAAAAAUUAAAUAAUGACAAAAAAAGAAAUUUCAUUUACUCAAAGAAAGUGACAAGAAUGACUGAAAGUGUUAAAAAAAAGUGUUAGCUAGUGAAUGUCAGGUGUCAUGUCCUGUGAAAAUCUCACAUCUGGUGGCGUAAUGGUUCUGCUCUCAAACUGGUGGAAAUGAGAACUGGUUCUGGUUCCUGCAUCUGCUCUGUGUUGGUGGAAAAAGAAAGCUCGGCAUGAUAUUUAUAGAUUAAAGAAAAUCAGGUAUGGAUUCAGGCACAGCAUCCUUUACUUUGAAUCUUAUUCUUAUAUUCAACUUUAUAUAACUUAUAUUCAUAAUUUCUUUGUAUGUUGUUUUUUGUAGUAAUAUUAAGUGUGUUAUAGUGUUCAUUAGACCAGGCUAUUGUCAAGAAUGCCAAUGAUACAUAAGCAUAAACCUUUAAUAAUUAUUGAUUUAUUUUUAAUUAUUUAAUUAUUAUUGAUUUAUUUGAUUCAUUCCUAUUAACAUAUUUAUUUAUUCUUGUUUUUUUUUUUUUUUUUACAUUUUGUUGCUUAUACGUGGAUGUGUAGUUUUUUAAACACCAAAUCAUCAUAUAAUAUUUAGUGUUAUCAGUGAAUCUGAACUCCUUAUAUUGAGCAUGUGAUAAUCCAGCAUUGUGAAUGUACGGCGUUAAUAUGCAAAGCAAUGACAUUCCCUUUGUAAGCUUUUCCCCUGAGGUUUGGAUUCAUUAACUGGAUCUGUUCUAUAGUUAUUGCAUUUUGAUGUUAUUGAACCUGCAUUUGUAUGAAAUGGUCUGAAUGACUUUGAACAAAUUGCAACCUUUAACUUCAAUAAAAUUACUUUUUUAAAAAUA